AUGGAGCGAGGCGGGAUUAGGCGCCGCGUAAUUGCAUCACGGCAGCGUCGAGCGAAGGAGUGGCGGCGCCUCGCGGACGACACGGCCAAGAUUCGGUGGCAACGCUCACGCUGGAAUUCAUUUAGCUUCGAGAAGUGUCCGGUUUCAGUCUGGCACGGCGAGCGUUCGUGUUGCACUUACUAUUUGUUCGUGUGUCGGGCGGGCAGGUUCUACGGCGCGGGGCCGGGGGCGAUGCGGGGCCGGCGCGGGGGGCGGCGCGGCCGGGGGCAUACUUACUACGUGAUUAAUCCGCGCCCCCCGGCCUGCGGGGCCGGCGCGCCGUACUCGCGCCGGGUUUCCUCGUCCCCGCGCCUCACGGCCACUCACUACGCACGGCGGGCCGCG